AUGCAGCUGCCACCCGUGAGCGUGAUUCUGAGCUGGCCAACCCCAAAUUACCAUGAUCCAGUCACGCGCGGCCCGGCCCUCGUCAUCAUCAAUUCAAUCUUCGUCACCAUCGCCACUCUGACUCUAUUCACUCUCGGUCUGACUACCGUCGUUCUCUUGGCAAACAAGUCGUAUGGAUGGAACAGACAUAUUUGGGAUAUUCCAUUUACCCAGUUCGUUCCCACUGCAAAAAUCGCCAUGACGGCCAAAGUCGUCUUCACAGCAGCCGCAACCUUUACACGCCUCUCUCUGCAUUGCUUCUAUUACCGACUCGUGUCAGAAUCCCAAAAAUCCUGGUUCAAGUGGCUGGUCCAUUUCAAUGUCCUUUACACCUUGUGCAUUUUCAUAUCGUUUACCUUUCUCUCCAUAUUCAUCUGUGUACCAGUCAGUGACUACUGGACAAUUGGCGCACCACCAGAUGCUUGCUUGAAUGAAGCUGUGACGACUUUGGUCUGCGGAAUCAUCAACUGCAUUGCAGAUUUGCUUACAACAAUAACACCUAUUCCCCUAGUGCUGUCUCUGCAAAUGCCCCUGAAUCAGCGUCUAGCUGUGACCUUCCUCUUCGGCAUAGGCCUUCUCGUUACCGCUGCUGGCGUCGUGCGAACAUGGUACAUAUACCGAAGCCUUUUUAACGAGUACGACCAGACGUGGUACGCAUACCCGUUGUGGAUUGCUGCUGCCGUAGAAAUUGAUCUAGGGGUUAUUUGCGCUUCAGCUCCUGUUCUUAAACCACUUCUUGCUAAAAUACCCUUCAGCCUCUCUUCAACUUUCACGAGAGGUAUACAUUUCAAAAAUUCGGUUGUUGACACGUCAAAGACACUGAUAGCUGGCCGAUCAGCAAAUUUUGUAUCAAAGCGAAGAUCGACUGGCCUCCAAAACAUACCAGAACUCGUGGCGGACAAGGGGCAAAGCUAUGAGAUGAAAAAUUGGGCAGAUGGAGAUGCAGGGUUUAUCGACUUGGAAACUGGCAGCCGAGAAGUGACUCUGGAAACCGACCAAGAGCCAAAGAAGGGUGUCACGCGCUUGCUGGAUAAACUGCGAUCAAAGGCAUCGACCCCAGAACCAAACCAUGACAUGUCAAUCACAUUGACUAGUCAGGAUGACAUCUGCAUUGAGCCUGUAAGACUUAGCCAUCUGCGUCAUGAGCAAUACGGGAAUCCUUACGAAAGCCACAUGUCAAUGCCAUUGCCAGUGCUAUCGCCCUUGCCGAUACCAAAACCAUCACGUUGCACACAAUGA